AUGUUUCUCAACGACUACGAUGACCUCCCACUGGACGCGUUGAAGUACCUGACGGGGGAGUGCAACUAUGGUGGGAGAGUGACGGAUGGGAACGAUCGCAGAUGUCUGGUCUCCCUAUUAAACAUCUUUUACAACCACGAUCUUGUGACGCAGGACAACUACAGUCUUUCGCCAUCAGGAUUGUACACAGUUCCUCCGGAGGGGAGCUAUGAGAGUUACCUGGAAUUUAUUCGGUCCCUUCCGAGUCGGCCGAGCCCUGAGGUGUAUGGACUUCACGAGAAUGCCGACAUAACAAAAGACAACCAGGAAACCACUCAGCUCUUCGAUGCCAUCUUGCUGACACUUCCACGUGAAUCAGGCGGCGGGGAGAAGUCCACGGAGGCGACAGUCAGCGAUUUGGCAAUAGACAUCUUGAACAAGCUACCGCCUGAGGAUUUCGACUUACAAAAGGUGAUGAAACUCUACCCUGUGGUAUACACAGAGUCUAUGAACACUGUGUUGCGGCAAGAGUUGAUUCGCUUCAACACUCUCACUGCGGUGGUGCGCAGUAGUCUGCAGGGUCUCUUACGUGCCAUUGAGGGCCUUGUGGUAAUGUCGGCAGAGUUGGAAGAAGUGUACGCCUCCAUGCUCGUAGGCAAGGUGCCAGCCGUCUGGGCUGCCAAGUCAUAUCCCUCACUAAAACCGCUUGGAAGCUAUGUUGUUGAUUUACUAGCAAGACUUAACUUCUUCAAUGAAUGGAUCACCUUCGACUCGCCACCUGUGUUUUGGAUCUCGGGCUUCUACUUCACGCAGUCCUUCCUGACUGGCGUGCUGCAGAACUUUGCGCGCAAGUACACCAUUCCCAUUGAUAUGGUAGGCUUCGACUUUGAAAUGAAGCGCAUCUAUAUCAACAGCGUUCUCGAGCCCCCCGCCACCCCGAGUCCCACAGAAACCACAGGAUCAGAUGAGGAAGCAACACAAGAGCAGGCACAACCAGUAGACCGUCUUCCCAUCACCCCCUCGGCUGCUGCUGAUGGCACACUACAGCGACGCAACACCUUCCACGGACUGACCAAACCUGAUAAUGGAGCCUUCAUUACGGGCCUCUUCAUGGAUGGCGCAAGAUGGGAUUCAGAGGCCGGAGUUGUGGCAGAGUCAAAACCGAAGGUUCUCUUUGAUGCUAUGCCUGUGAUCUGGCUGGUGCCGAAACGACUGGAGAAGGUGGUGACGGAAGCAAAAUACUCCUGUCCCGUGUACAAGACAUCGGUGCGACGUGGCGUUCUCUCCACCACAGGACACUCUACCAACUUCGUUCUCUCCAUCCUACUACCCACCGAGAUGCCAGAAACUCAUUGGAUAAAUCGGGGCGUAGCUGCGCUUUGCCAACUGGAUGACUGA